CUUGAAUAACCAGUCUAGCAGUGGCAGACUAGUCAACACAUCUUCAGAAAGUAGUGGAGAGGGAGGCCACACAACGUAAAUAAGUUCAAGAUGGUGCGGUCUGUCAGAGAAGAGGGUAGUCAGCUGAGCACCAUACAAGACCUGAAGGACUCUGGCUUCGGCCGUCCUCCCCCCCGACACGGCCUCAAACUCCUUUUCUGGUUCGCCAACAAGUGUGUGGCGUUCAAUCACCACGGCAACAUGCUGGUACAGUGCCACCCUGAGAGAGGUGACUUCGGCUUCCACUACUUUGGCAACUUCGAGGAGAUUCUCCCAGUUCUAUCGCGAGACCGCAGGGAAAGAUACUUCGAGGUGGGCAACCUGAACACAGAGACCUAUUCCAAAGCCGAGGACCUACCGGACUACGUGAGCCAGGACUACGGGCUUUCCCUGGGCUACCGCCAAUGCAACAAGGACCGCAUCAUCAUCAGGCUGAAGCAUAGGGACGUGACGGCCACCUAUGUCACAGAGCACAAGGAGGAUGGCGGCCGGGGGAAGUUUGACUCCGAACGCACCCACCUUGUAAAUCCGGAUUUGAUCCGCAUCAUCCGGGACCCUGAGCUGGAGCUAGCGACAUUCCUGGACCAGACGGGCUACAUGGGGCUGUCGCUGAGAGAGCGCCUCCUCAGAGCUUUCAAGAAAAACCCGGAUGUCAUCUCGUGGGAGUAUGACUCCGAACCUUCCCAACCCUCAGAACGAUCUGGUUCAGACCAUAACACUUGGGAUCUGGAGCAGGACCAGACCACUUCCCAGACGGGACUAUCACAAAGAAAACGGUGCACCAGAUCUUGCAAAGUCUUUAGUGUCUUUGUAGUCAUCCUAAUGGUUCUCCUGGUCAUCACUUUUAUUGUUUUGUUCAUCUUAGGGAAGUUGUAGAGAUAGCAGUCAUUGUAGCCGUUGUGCUGCGGUUGGUCCAUCAGGGUUGUGGUCAAUUCCAUGUCAACUCAGUCAAUUCAGGAAGUAAACAGAAAUUACAACUUUUCCGAACAGAAAAGCUUUGGGAAAUGACUGAAUUGAAAUCUAAUUGACCCUACCCCUGACGGCCGUAGAUCAUAAAUGAAAUAGUUGUAUUAUUAUGUUUUAUGAUUAUGUUAACUCAAUACUUAUAACACAUUACUCUUGUAUGUCUUUCUGCUCUUGUCUCUUCUCACUGGCACUGAUUUUUCACGUAUUUUCCUUCCAAAGACUGUGAUAUGUGGUUGUCGUUACAUUCUUUAGGUGAAUGCACUGACUGUUAGUCGCUUUGGUAAAGAGUGUCUGCUAACUUAUUAAAUAUGAAAUGUAAUGUUAUUUUUAAAAUCUUUUUGUAAUCAAUAAGAUAAUGGUUUAGAAUAAAAUACAA